CUCCAAUCAACCAAAUUGGGAAAUUAUUGUCCAGUUUGCUUGGGGAAACUACAAAAUCAUUCCAAGUUUUCUUUAAAUGCAUAGAAUGGAAAUUAUUCACGGAUUUGUUUGUGAUUCUUCGUGGAGUUAUCUAUUCGACAAUGUUGCAAGGCUUGUUUAAAAAGAUCGUACUUUGUACUCCAUUUUUGUUGCUUCUUCUGAUAUCUGACUCUCAGAAUAAAGAGUGGUACAUUUUGAGAUAAUGAGUGGUAGAUUCUGAAAUUCAAAUAUCACUGGGUUUGUUCUACUUCUUGUGGUGUCAGCUUCUUGGAGCUUCUCUACAUAGGUUUUCUUUGUUAGUUAUUGUCCUGAAGCUCUUAAGGCAAGGCCUGAUAUUUUUUUUCUUCAGAGCCGUACAAAGUUCUAUCUGCCUUGAACAUUUCUUAAACAAUGGGCAUGGUGUGGGCAUAACAAUCCAGAAACACACGCACAGGUUUACUUUCCUAGGAAGAAAUACACAAGAACAUGUGUGGUUUUGUGUCAUCAAGCCUCAACCAUUACCUCAUGCUAUGGCACAAGAAGUAUAUUAGGCAUGGAAGAAGAAGCAUCAAGUAGUUCUCUAAGCAUGGAGGACAACAAAGUUAACAUUGACAUUGACAUGGACAAAAGAAUUGUGGAUGCCACGGAAGUUCGUGUUUUGGAUGAGACAGAGACAGCCAUUAAUGCAAUAGAAAAGGUAGAAGAUCCUAAGGUUGGAAUGUUGUUUGAUUCCGUCAAUGAACUUGUGGGAUUCUACAAAAUGUAUGGUCAGGAAAAGGGUUUUGGCGUUUCUAUAAGAACCUCUAAGAAAGGAAGUGAUGGGAAGUUAAGGUAUGUGACUAUCGCUUGUAGUCACAUGGGAAAGCAUAGGAUCAGAUCAAGCAACCCCCUUAAAUUGCGACCACAAUCAAAAACGGAUUGCAAAGCUAAGCUUAGUGUUGUUCUAUGCCCCGAUGGAAAGUGGAUGGUGAACUCCAUGAUACUUGAUCAUAACCAUGGAUUGACUCCGGACAAAGUCAGAUUUUACAGAUGCCACAGGACUUCCCAACUAUCAGUGAAAAGAAUGCUUGAAAAGGACGAUAUAGAUGGUACCAGAGUAAACAAGAGUUCCAAUCCAUUUGGGCUUGAGAUAGGUGGACAUGAGCACUUGCGUUUUCUAGAGAAGGAUUGUAGAGAUUACACCAGCACUGUGAAGUAUUUACAGUUCCGGCCAGGAGAUGCUGCCGCGAUGCAGAGUUACUUUCUGAAGAUGAAACUUGAUAACUCUGCUUUCUUUUACAGUAUGGAUUUUGGUGAUGAUGCUCAACUAAGGAAUGUGUUCUGGGUAGAUGCAAGGAGUAGGGCGGCGUUCAAAGAGUUUGGUGAUGUAGUUGCAUUUGACACAACAUCCUUGACUAACAAGUACGUCCUGCCAUUCGCUCCAUUCAUAGGGGUGAACCAUCAUGGGCAACAGGCAUUGCUAGGGUGUGCACUGAUCUCAAGUGAAGAUACAAGGACAUUUUCUUGGCUAUUUGAGACUUGGCUUGCAAGCAUAUCUGGGUGUUCUCCCGGUGCAAUGAUUACAGCUGAGGACAGAGCCUUGAAAAAUGCUACAGAGAUGGUUUUCCCUAGUGCACGGCAUAGGUGGUGCUUAUCACAUAUCAUGAAAAAGCUGCCAGAAAAAUUGAAAGGGUACAAACAGUAUGAAUCAAUCAAGAUUUGCAUGCAAAAUGUUGUUUAUGAUUCCAUAUCAAAAGGCGAAUUCGAAGAAAGUUGGGGCAUGCUCAUUGGGAAAUAUAACCUUGAAAGCAAUGAAUGGUUACUUUGGUUGUAUGAGGAAAGGCACCGUUGGGUACCGGCCUUUGUGAAAGAUACUUUCUGGGCAGGAAUGUCAACCACACAACGGAAUGAAAGCAUGCGCACCUUCUUUGAUGGGCAUGUCAAUUCGAAGACCACUUUGAAACAAUUUACGGAACUAUAUGAGAAUGUUUUGGCAAAAAAGGUGGAAAAUGAAUACAAUGAAGAAUGCGGUUCUUUUAACUCGUGCCUCCCAUGUAUAACUCCUUAUGAGAUGGAGAAACAAUUUCAAAGUGCUUAUACGACUGCAAAAUUUAAGGAGUUCCAGCAAGAGUUAAUAGGGAAGAUUUAUUGUAAUUCAUUCUCAUGCAAGGAAAGUGCUUCCAUUUCAGAAUAUGCUGUUGGUGAAGAUGUGUCAACCGGAGAAAGCCACAAACGUGUAACUUUCAAUGUGUUGUUUAACCAGGACACCAAUGAAGUUAAUUGUGAUUGCUGUUUGUUUGAGUAUAGGGGAAUAUUGUGCAGGCAUCAAAUUGUGGUGCUCCAUCAAAGGGCAAUUUAUCGGGCACCAAACAAGUACAUUUUACCGAGAUGGAGUAAAGCCGUUAGACGGAGGCACACAAGGGUUCGGAUUAGUUAUGACAAGCGGUCUCAAACUCCUGAAGCACUUCGCUUCGAGAAAACGUGCAAUGCCUUCCAUGAGCUUGCCGAUAUGGCCGGAAAUAGUGAAGAAAGAUGGGAGAAGAUGGCGGUGAUGGUAAAUCAAUUACAUGAAGACAUGAAAGGAGGAGGAUGUUUGCGGAAGCAAUAAGUCUAUGUCCGUUGGUAUUCACAUCCAUGGUAACGAAUCUCAGGUUAGAUGGAAAUUGUUGGUGGAGCGAGGACAAUGCUGUAGAUGCAUGAAGAUAUCCAUCCAACUAGAACGAGCGAAAACAAAAUCCAACACGGAUGUUAUCUUCAUGUUCUAGUUGUGUUUGUUUUUUGUUAUCAAAAAAAGAAGAAGUUGUGUUUGUUUUGUUACAGACUGAAUUGAAGAUGUAUUGACAAUUUGUACUUUAGGGCUAUCAACCUGUAGAUUAGGGCUCAGUUGUAUUGUCCUUUCAAGGCUCGCCAUGUCAAUCUUACAUGCGUGCAGAUUGAGAUGCAUACGGUUUAUCUGGGCCCUGGGGUUUCCUGGGAAUUUUGAGCUGCCAAUUUGUGGCGUAUCUUGUUCAUUUAUUAGAAAAUGCUCUCCUCUUUCAAGUGUUA